AUGAACGCGCAUAUGCACGUAUGCCCCAACAACUAUGGCAGUUGGAUCCUUCAUCUUCGCUGCAAACCGUACAUGUCAGCUGCUUAUAUUUGCGAGGCGGUUGCAAAGGUUUUGUGUACCGCGCCCCCUUUCCUUCUUUCGACACGGACGUUGCACACUCCCAAAUGGUUUUUGUCGACUACUCGUACUACUAGCAAAAGGCCCCAAGGUGUGGUCAUCCAUAUAGCUAUGGGUCCUGCUGGUGAUCAUGAAAGAGUGGCCAUCAUGGCCAAGAAGAAGAAACUACCCACAUCUUUCCCACCACACACACGUUGGGCAGUGUGGGACACAACCGUGUUCAUAGAGGGCAUGGGUAGCUUGAGGUUCAUCCUGGUGUCCAAUGAGGCAGAGGUCCGGAAGGCUGGUGGCGGCCAGAACUUGAUGGUGGUCAACCAGGUGGCAGAGGAGGUGCAGAAGCAGGCCACCCCCCUUCUGAAGAGGGUUGUCCAUGGGUGGUUGAAAGAGCGCCCACAUCUAAAGCAAUAUACAACCAACGACAGCAUGCUCCUUUGCAGGCUGAAGGCCAUCAAAGCCAUACACAGCUCAACACCUUCAGUGAAGCUGGCAAGCUGCACAGCCAUGGCCAAAGCUUUGCGCCGGAGUGCAGAGCUUGCUCCGGUGGCUUCUGCAAUCAAGGAGCUUAAACUGAAGCGGCCGCCAUUGAGUGCCACAAGUCCAGAAAUGACACCUGUACAACUGGCCAAGGCCACUGCAUUCGAGCGGCUGCAGCCCCCAGGGAAGCG